AGCACAGACAAAGCAGAAGAGAGAGAGAGAGAGUAGCUGAAAGUUGCGCGCCGCGCAGCAAAUCUUGGGCAAAGAUGGGGGACGUAGACGCGUUUCUUGAAGAGCAGCUAGCAAGCGUCAAGGGAGGACCUCGGCGCAAGGAGAACGGAGGAGGCGAUGCGGAAAACGGGCACGACCCAGAAAACGGAUUGAAGGCGGGAGCAGGAGGGGACGAGGCUGCAGCAAGCGAGGGCGGUGGAUCAUCCAGCGGAGACAGCAGCUCCGAUGGAAGCAGCUCCGACAGCGACGACAACGCGGAAGGCGAGAACGAGGAGGGGCAAGGGGAGGAAGAGCAGGAGGAGGAGCAAGAGGAGGAAGAGCAGGAAGAGGAGGAAGACAGGACACGCAAAAAGAGCAGCCGCCGGAGGAGCGACAGGGACAGGGGCAGGGACCGUGAUGACCGCAGGAAGCGGAGCCGGAGCCGCGGGCGAGGGGAGCGGGACAGUGACAAGCGCCGCAGGAGGAGUGUGAGCGGGGACCGGAGGAGGGACCGGCACAGCAGCCGCAAGGGGGAUCAUGACCGUGAUCGCGAUAGGGACAGGGACAGGCACGGGAGCAGCAGGGGCGACCGGAGCGAUCGCGACCGGGACCGCCGAUCCUCCCGCCGCUCUCGCAGCAAGGACAGAGACAGGGACUCCGGCAGGAGGAGCAGGAGGAGCCGCCACUCUGACGAGAAUGAGCCCAAGAAGCAGCAAGAGCAGGAAGAGGAAGAUGAUGACGAAGAGAAGGAGGAGGAAGAUAAGGACGGAAGCGAUGGCAACAAGAUGGAAGUGGACAAGGACAACGAAUCCAACGCGGGAACGUCGCCGGUCCAGGAAGACGGCAACGCCGAAGGCAAGGAAGAAGAAAAAGAAGCGGAAGAGCCCACCGAGGAAAAUGACUCGAAAGAAAAAGACAAGAAGGAGUCGAGGCGCGAGUCGUCCAAGUCUAAAAAAGACAGGUCGUCCAGGUCCUCCAGGGACAAGAAGAGAGACAGGCACAGGUCCCGCAGCAGGGACAGGGACAGGGACAGGGACAGGGACAGCAGGCGCCACGGAAGCAGCCGCCGCAGUGACAGAGACCGCGAUAGGGACAGGGACAGGGACAGGAGGGACCGCGAUCGUGACCGCAGAGAUAGAGACAGGGAUGAUCGAAGGGAGGGCGGCUCUCACCGCCGGAGCCGGCGCUCCAGCGUGAGCAGGAGCCGCAGCAGGAGCCGCAGCCGCAGCCCUCGCCGCUCCGAGAGGACGGAGAAGAGCAAGGAGGAGAGGGAAGAGGCAGCUAAGCGUGCCGCCAUCGACGAACUCACGCGUGACCAGCGUACCGUGUUCGUCAAUCAGCUCACCAUGAAAGUCACCGAGGAUGACUUGGCCAAGUACUUCGGGCUGCUAGGGGAGGUCAACAACGUCAUCAUGCUCCGCGACAAGUUCACCAGUCGCCACAAGGAUGGCGGCGACGCCAUGCGGGGCCGGGCCCUGCCCCGUCACAAGGGGUUCGCGUACGUGGAGAUGAAGGACCUCGACUCGGUGCCCGUGGUGCUACAGCUCAAUGAGCGCGUGCCCGACUUCCAGAAGUUCCCUGUCAUGGUGAAGGCUAGCGAAGCGGAGAAGAACUACCUCGCCAAGCAGGCGAAGAAGGCGAAGAACCCAACCGGACACGUCAUCCUCGGAAACGCUGCCGCUCUGGCCGGUCUGAAGCUGCACAUUGGAAACCUGCACCAGAACAUCACGGAAGACGACCUGGGAGAGAUCUGCCGCUCUUUCGGAGAGGUUACCCAGCUCAUCCUACACAGAGACGAAGCUGGAGAGAGCAAGCGGUUUGCCUUUGUCACCUACGCCGACACGGAAAGCACCAAUGCUUGCCUCGAAAAGCUCGACGGCCUCGAGGUUGCUGGAAAAGCUCUGGCGGUCUCCUACUGCAAGGCGGACCCCAAGACGAUCCCGAAGAACCUCGACGCCAACGCCAACGCCACCGCCGCCGCGGCGGCCGCAGCCACCGCUCACGCGGCCUCCCUGGCCGCGGCUACUACGGCCGGGCAGCAGUCGUCUACUGCGGCAUCCAGCAAUUGGAAGCUCGACGAUGACGAGGGCGCCGGCGGGGUUAAGAUGGACAGCACUAACCGCGCCAACAUCAUGUCGCGCUUCGGAGGAGGUACCGGUGCAGGCCUUCCGCCCGCCUCGCUCGGUGCUGCAUCUGCGACUGCUGCCGCUACCGCUGCUGCCGCUUCCACGGCGGCCAUGAACAUGGGCUUUGCAGGUAUCCCAGGCAUGAUGAAUCACGUCACCCUGCCAGGCAUGUCCGGCACGGGGAUGGGGGGGGCGAUGUCCACGGGGAUGACAGGCGUCGCUGCCCAAUCGCCCUCUGCUGCCGCGAACGCUGCCCUCGAAGCUGCGCUUAGUGGGACAGCUUUCGGGGCCGGGGCCGCCGGCGCGAUGGGGCUACAGCAGCAGGCGGCUGGACAAGGUACGGGGCAAGGCCCUCUCCACCCCGCCAUCGCCGCCGGACUCCCUGGUGUCGGUGCAGGGGCCAUGCUCCCGGGGAUGGGAGCGGGCGUCCCCGGUGUCGCUGCCGUUCCUGCUGCCGCUGUACCCGCCGCCGCCGCUUCCGCUCCGGCGGCGGCCGCGCCCCCCGUCGUCGGCACCCCUACCUUCUGUCUGCUGGUGAAGAACAUGUUCGACCCUGCCACGGAGACCGACGAGGGGUGGGAGCUUGACAUCAAGGAGGAGAUGGAGGAGGAGUGCUCAAAGCAUGGGGCUGUGAUGCACAGCUACGUGGAGUCCAGGCAGCCCGGAGGCUUGGUGUAUGUGAUGUUCAGCACUACCGGGGCCGCUGUGGCAUCUGCGGAGAUGCUGAACGGUCGCUGGUUCGCCGGAAGGAUGGUCCUCGUAGAGUACCUCAACCCGAAGGUGUACACAGCCAAGUUCCCCGAAGCGACUAAGGCAGCCGAGACCGCCAUGGCCACGGCUAUGAACGCCUGAUCGAUGCACAGCACAGCAGUCGCGUGCUUACGCGGACGACUAUUCGUCAACGGUCAUUAAUGCAAGGCUGAUAACACUUGAACGGCAAUCGGCACUGCGUCUAAGCAGCUGAUUGACAUAAAUUUCGCCCGGGGGGUGCAUUUUCGCUGCCAUGCUGCCGAGGCUACAUCUUCAAGUUGUCGUUGGGCACUUGAUAUGGUCAACAAAGCUUGUCUUCGCUGGGUGAACGCUUGGCAGUGUUAUUCGCAAGAGCCGACAAGAAAUUGGCGCUCCACGUUGUCGAAGGGUGUUUUUGGUCGCUGAUGUUGCCGUUCGUGGCAGUUUGAAACAGUUUGAUACGAUGUAGUAGACGGCGCUUCUUCUGUAGCGGGAAGGAGAAUGAUUGAUGCCCUUGGAACACCCACCUUUCGGAAACUGUGAUACCUGUGCUGGUUGCUCAACCUCACUGGGGCCAGGGUGACACGCAGUGGAAGAUUUAUGCUCUUUUCCGGGCAUGCGUAGAGCGGUGGUUUUACGGCCGUCCGCAUGAUUGGAAACCGCUUCGGAGGGUGCUGGGUUUUUGUAUCCAGACAGCGCGCAAGGGGUGGCUUGGGCCAAAAGGUUGGAGUAAAUUAGUUUGCGAUUAUUUUCUAUAUUGGCUACUUGUUACAGAUGUGCGUGUUUGGCUACUGCGAAGGAACUGGCCAUCUAUCGGUGUCGCUGUCAACUACACGACUUUGUUGUUGUUGUACUCCGUUCAAGGGUUCGUGCUUGGGUUUAAUUGAAAGGUUUUGGGGUGCAAAUGGGGUUGCUCUGUCCGCUUUCAGAGCUUGCGUCACAUGGCGUAGGCCUUGCUUCAGGCCGACUUUGCCAACUGUUCGGACUGCGGUGAGAUAUGACAUGACUGAACGGGUGCGCAGGGUUCGACGGGACAGCGUGUCGGUGUUCACUGCUCUCGGCUCUAGACUAUGCGGUCAUGUGUUGGGUUUUGUUCUCCAUUCAGGCCCUGUUUUCACAUAUAGGCCCAUUGGCGUGUCGAGGUCGAGGGCCGGGCGAGGUGGCGUUUUGAUGUUGGCAAGGUUGUGGAUCGUUUCGGGUAGUGCGGUCAUCAUGCAUUGUGGCAACCUCUCUGUCGUACUGUCGUACUUGCACAUGAGAGCCAAGUUGACGCGGCGGGAGCCCUCCGCCAGGGGGCAGGUGGAUGAAUGUCUUUCGGAUGUUGUUCAUGCUUGGAAGACGGCUGGCUUAAGGGAAAGUAUGUGGAGUCACGAAUGUGAAAUGACGUCUGUAGAGCCACGUGUCCAUUUCUUGUUUUGCGCGGGAUGUUUCUCGGCAGAUUCGAAGGUCACACGAAAAAACAGCGGCUGAUUUGUAUUUCAGGCGCAAUCCUGGAAACGUGUGAAACGUUAACCCUCUGGGCUCAUCUUGGGAUACGAACAGCUCAGUCGUAUCUACAUAGUAAAGAUGGAAGGGAUUGCGAAUAGAAGCCCUUCUCGCGUUGGCAACUGAACGGAAUACCAGGAAGGUGGAUUAUUGGUGGAGAGUUCCUGGGUCCAACACAACACAUGAACAUGCCGAAAGGUGGGGUAGACUGGCGAUGGGACGAACAACUCGCGACGAUCUGAUUCGAACUGUAAACCACGAGCUAGUCUGUUGUCGAACGAACGAGAUGGCCAUGCGAAAUAUCUCGCGCUUCUCUUAGGAGAUAAUGUUGUGGACGCUGUUAGUCUCUGCCCGUAUUCUCCGCAAGAUGAGCGAACACGGAGCGAUGUGCACCCCGAGACUAAUAGACUUUCGUGCGUAGACUGUACGCCUUCGCUUUCCUGGUGCCCCAUGCGCACUAAACUGCGUCUACGUUUGAUUCUGAAUCAGCAUCGGAAAAACGAAAACCGUGCGACUCUGUCCGGAUUCUUGUCGGGUCUCCUUGGCUAUCUUUGCGGGCAUUGGCAUCGCCUUUAUGUGG